GCUAUAUAUAACCCUUCACACCCAACUGGUGUUUUUCUUCUAUCAGAUAUUCGUCCUCAUCCAACAGAUUGAUUUUUAUUCGUAGACUAAUCGGAGAAACAACCAUGUCAGGAGGUCCGAUUGCACAAGAUUGGGAGCCGGUGGUCAUCCGUAAGAAAGCUCCAACCUCCGCCGCUCGGAAGGACGAGAAAGCUGUCAACGCUGCCCGUCGUGCCGGUGCCGAGAUCGAGACUGUACGAAAGGCUACUGCUGGUUCAAACAAGGCCGCCUCAAGCAGUACUUCACUGAACACUAGAAAGCUUGAUGAAGAGACUGAAAAUCUCUCCCAUGAAAAGGUCCCAAGUGAGUUGAAGAAAGCUAUCAUGCAGGGUCGUACUGAUAAGAAGCUUACACAGGCUCAACUUGCUCAGCUGAUUAACGAGAAGCCCCAGAUUAUACAGGAGUAUGAAUCUGGGAAGGCUAUACCAAAUCAACAGAUAAUCACCAAACUGGAAAGGGCACUCGGUGUGAAACUUCGGGGUAAGAAAUAGAACAACCGAACAUUAAGAGUUGGCCUUUUUAACCAAAAACAGAGAGACGCGAAGAUCUUUUGUUCAUCUGGUUUGACCACUUUUAUCACUGUGGGAUUUUAUGCUUAAGAAGUCUCAAAAGGCUGUGAUGUGUUUAUCAUAAAAAUGCUUUGACCUCUAUGUGGUUAUCUUUGUACUUUGGAUUGUGCAUAAGAUAUGUGACUUCCUUAAAUAUAUGCAUGUUUGCCGUUCCGUUCAUUUAGUUACGUGUGGAUGUUAUUUGGACCAUCCGAUGAGUGUUACCUUUUUCUCACGAGUCACGGUCCAUGUUUGGAUGCCCAUGUGAUAAAAAGUAGAUUCGAUAUGUACGUUGUAAAACCAAUGUUCUAAGUAACGCGUUAUGGCAUGGCGUUGGUGCU